AUGGUGACCAUCCACGAAAUUCGCAAGGUUCAACGAGGUGAAGGAGCAGCAACUAUCAUGGCGAUAGGAACAGCAACUCCUCCAAAUUGUGUGGAUCAAGCCACAUUUCCAGAUUACUAUUUCCGGGUCACAAACAGUGAGCAUAUGGUGGAGCUCAAAAAUAAGUUUAGGCGCAUAUGUGAUAAAACUAUGAUCAAGAAGCGUUACAUGCACUUGACGGAAGAACUUUUAAGAGAAAAUCCAAACAUGUGCUCAUUCAUGGCACACUCACUCAAUUCCAGGCAAGACAUGUUGGUUGAAGAAGUACCAAAACUUGGCAAAGAAGCAGCAAUAAAGGCCAUGAAAGAAUGGGGUUGCUUUGCCGGUGGCACGGUUCUCCGAAUUGCCAAUGAUUUAGCGGAGAAUAACAAUGGUGCCCGUGUAUUAGUAGUCUGCUCGGAGAUCACCGCAGUUAUAUUUCAAGGGCCCAACGAAGCCCACAUUGAUAGCCUUAUUGGGCAAGCACUAUUUGGGGAUGGUGCAGCUGCUAUUAUAGUUGGGUCAAGCCCAGUGGCCGGGGUCGAAAAGCCAUUGUUUGUGCUAGUCUCAACAGCCCAAACCAUCAUACCUGACAGUGAAGAUGCCCUCAAGCUACACCUUUGUGAGGCAGGCCUCACAUUCCAUGCCAGUAAGGAUGUGCCUAGUCUCAUAUCAAACAACAUUGAGAAGAGUCUUGUUGAGGCAUUUCAGCCUCUGGGCCUGGGAAUAUCAGAUUGGAGUUCAAUUUUCUGGGCUUUUCACCAGGGUGGAAAAGCCAUUAUUGAUCACGUGGAGUGGAGAAUGGGCCUCAAGCCCGAUAAGAUGNCUCUGGGCCUGGGAAUAUCAGAUUGGAGUUCAAUUUUCUGGGCUUUUCACCAGGGUGUAAAAGCCAUUAUUGAUCACGUGGAGUGGAGAAUGGGCCUCAAGCCCGAUAAGAUGCGGGCCGCGAGGCAUGUGCUGAGUGUGUGUGGAAACUUGACAAGUGCUUGUGUGUUGUUCAUACUAGAUGAGCUGAGGAAAGUCUCUGGAGGAUGGGCUCAAGACCACUGGGGAAGGGCUCGAGUGGGGUGUCCUCUUUGGGUUCGGGCCAGGACUCACCAUUGA